UUCCCCUUUCCUCCUCCAUUUUUUUCUCCUCCUCUUGAUUUAGUGUCAUGCGAGCAUCUUCCAGAUCCACUAAAAGCUUAUGCGUUUUCUGGGUUGAUUUGUGUGGAUUGAAAUGUUCAAGGCCUAAAUUUUAGUUGUUUAUUUGGUAUGAUUAGCUAUUGUUUCCACCCAGAUCUAGUCACUUUUAAGUUUGCUACACAUGGAUAUCUGUUGUCUCAUGGAUUAUGUUAACCUGUUGAUGCAUAGUGGUAAUGAUGCCUCGAACGCCACGCCCGUUGCUAGAUUUAGAGGAGGGUCAUGCUGCCGAAAAGGCGAAAACGAGAACAAAGCGGUUUUUGUUCUACUCUUCAUUGGUGUGGUUACUACUCUUUGCUCAACAAGAUGGUUUCCUUUGAGAUGAAUGACCUCAAGAAGAUUGGGCUAGGCCUGACAGGCUUUGGAGUAUUCUUCUCCUUCCUAGGAAUAGUUUUCUUCUUUGACAAGGGGCUUAUUGCAAUGGGAAAUAUUCUCUUUCUGUCAGGUUUAGGUUUGACAAUUGGUCUGAAAUCAACUAUGCAAUUCUUCACCAAGCCUAAGAAUUACAAGGGUACCAUCUCAUUUGGUGCUGGAUUUUUCCUGGUUCUCAUUGGGUGGCCCUUUUUUGGCAUGCUUUUAGAGGCAUAUGGCUUUGUUGUGCUCUUCAGUGGAUUCUGGCCAACUCUUGCGGUUUUCUUGCAAAGGAUUCCUAUUAUUGGCUGGAUAUUUCAACAACCAUUUGUCACAUCGUUCCUUGACCGCUACAGAGGAAAACGAGUUCCAGUGUAGUGCACACUCGUUGCAUUGUUUCAUAUGGUGUAGCAACUGAAGGUUUUUGGGGGGUACAAUAGCAAGUGGUUCUCCCAGUGUGUAAUCCUUUUUCUCUACAUGUUUACUUGCUGGAGGUUUGUUCUUUUGUAAAUUACACCCCUGGACCCCUGCUGAAUACUUCGGCCAGAGACAUGCAAAUUCUACAAUGAAAUGGAUUGGAGAAAUUUCUUAA